AUGGCUGACGCUGCUCCCCGUGGACGUGGAGGUUUCGGUUCGCGCGGCGACCGUGGUGGUGACCGUGGCCGUGGCCGUGGUCGCCGUGGCCGCCGUGGUGGUGCGAAGGAGGAGAAGGAGUGGCAGCCCGUCACCAAGCUCGGCCGUCUCGUCAAGGCCGGCAAGAUCACCAGCAUGGAGCAGAUCUACCUGCACUCCCUCCCCAUCAAGGAGUUCCAGAUCGUGGACUUCUUCCUGCCUAAGCUGAAGGACGAGGUCAUGAAGAUCAAACCCGUCCAGAAGCAGACCCGUGCCGGUCAGCGCACCCGUUUCAAGGCCAUCGUCAUCAUUGGUGACUCCGAGGGCCACAUCGGUCUCGGAAUCAAGACCUCCAAGGAAGUCGCGACCGCCAUCCGUGCCGCCAUCACCAUUGCCAAGCUCGCCGUCCUGCCCGUCCGGAGAGGUUACUGGGGUACCAACCUUGGUGAGCCCCACUCGCUGCCCGUCAAGCAGAGCGGCAAGUGUGGUUCCGUUUCUGUCCGUCUCAUCCCCGCUCCCCGUGGUACCGGCCUUGUUGCCUCGCCCGCCGUCAAGCGUCUCCUCCAGCUUGCCGGUGUCCAGGAUGCCUACACCUCGUCGUCCGGCUCUACCAAAACCCUCGAGAACACCCUCAAGGCCACCUUUGUCGCUGUUGUCAACACCUACGGCUUCCUCACCCCCAACCUCUGGAAGGAAACCAAGCUCAUCCGGAGCCCUCUGGAGGAGUUUGGCGACGUGCUGCGCCAGGGCAAGAAGUAUUAG